GCCGGAAGAACGCCAUCAUGGCAUUACCCGCGUCGCCCUUCCGUUCCCUUCCCGAGAAGUAAAUAGCGCAUGCGCAGCGAAUUGUAACGGAAGGGUAAUCGAGGCGAGGUCGGCGAGGUAAACUAAGCGGCGGGGCCAAGCUGAAACCUUUCUGUCUAACCAGGCUUUUAAUUAAAAGUUGGAUUUUCUUUUUUACUGGUUCACAUUUAAAAAAAUUGAAAAUCUCUGCUAAUGACUCGAUCAACAUUUUCACUGGUGACCAGCAUAAUGCAGAUGACUUCACUUAAAUAGCCUGUCUCAGCUGUAAAAUUCAAUGAGAGAAACACUUUCCUUUAAGCUUCCAUGAAGCUCAGUUGCUACUUGUGGCUUCUGAUUCUUGGGACUCAGGUUCUUGCUUUAGAAAAUGUGGCCUCCAACCUGACAGUUACAUCUGGAUCAAAGACUCUGCCUCUCAAUGCAUCACUUCUUUUGGUCUCUAAAGCCUUGGCAAAAUCAGCCGUACCUCAGGAUAUCAUAGUCAAGGAGGGGAACUAUGCUUCCAUUGAAUGUAAGCUGAACGUUAGUCAGUACGAUUCCAUCCAUUGGUACAACUCAAAAGGAUAUCUGCUGAAACAAGAUGGACAAGGUGGAAGAUGGGUGAUCUCAGACAGUGUCCUUAAUAUCACAAGUGUAAGCUUUGGUGACCGGGGACGAUACACUUGUGUUGCCAUUCAUGAAAAUGGCACUUCAUAUUAUUCAGUCACCCUCAGGGUGGUUUCCACAUCUGGGGAUAUGGGGAUCUAUUACAUGAUCGUCUGCCUGGUUGCCUUUACUAUCACCUUGAUCUUAAAUAUAACACGUCUGUGCAUGAUGAGCAGCCACCUCCGCAAGACAGAGAAGGCCAUCAAUGAGUUCUUCAGGACAGAGGGAGCUGAGAAACUGCAGAAAGCCUUUGAAAUUGCCAAACGCAUUCCUAUCAUUACAUCUGCCAAAACCCUAGAGCUAGCCAAAGUUACUCAAUUUAAGACAAUGGAAUUUGCUCGAUACAUUGAAGAGCUUGCCAGAAGUAUACCUCUUCCCCCAUUAAUCCUUAACUGUAGGGCCUUUAUGGAAGAAAUCUUUGAGGCGGUGCGAGUUGAUGACCCCGAUGAAGUAGGAGAUGUGGUCAAACAGACCCAGGCCCUGAGUGCCCAAGAGGGGCUCUACCCCUUAAACCCAGAAAUCAAGCGCAGCAAUUCACCAGCAGGGGAUUCAGAUGAUGGUUCUGUAAACGAUCAUGGCAAAGAAAUAGCUGUUGAGGUGUCUGUCCAUCUUCAGUCUGAAGCACAAAGCAUUGACACUGUUUCUCGUGACAGUGUCCCUUCCAUUCCUUCUGAAGAUGAUGCAUGUGCUGAAUCCAAGUAGAACAGCAAAAGGCAGAUGUAUGAAAUCCACAUUUGAUUGCUUGAACACUUUGAGGAUAAAGGGAAAUCAGAAAGAAGCCACAGUCACAGAUGCACAAAAAUAUUAUUUUUAAACUUCCUAAGGGACUGUAAGGUGCCAAAACAGUUAGCAAACAUGGCGGGGUUCAUCCUGUACUGUAUGUGUUCUCCUAAUUUGAAAAACAGGUUAUAUGAGGCUGUUUAAAGAUAAUCUUUAGCAGGAAUUGUAUUAUAGGUAUUGCUAGGGUGAUUUUAUGCAGCCUUUGUCUUGAUCUCUGAAAAUCUUAAGUACCAUCUCAGAAGAAACAAACAGACAAAAAGUUAAUGUGAACUGUUUUUCUCAUUGUCACAAAAAACUUAAUAGCCUAAACAUACCUACACAUUGAUAAUUUCAAGUUAUUGCUUGCCCAUGGGAGACCUUAGCACAACUGAAUUACAUGAUAUGUGCUACAGGGAGAAUAUGAGGUUUUGAAACUAUGCUAGACCUGUCAGUUUUCUGUGAUUGUGUAUGUUGCAUUCAGCUGUAAUGCAAGAACAAGAGAAUGGAAGCCUGAAUGCAGAUUUUGGCUGCAAAACCUCAUUGCAGCCAACAAUUUAAAUGCGGUGCUGAUUGCCAAGCACUUUAACAAAAAAGUAGGUUUUUGUCGCAUUGUUUUUUGGAGGCAGUUCAGCUUGUUUGCAUUACAGACAUUCUCUCUCCUCUGGAAUUGCAGUGGGUGAGAUGCCAAAUUUGUCUUGAGUUAUGUGAGGAAGGCAACAGCUUCUGAAUUCAAGCAUUCUGAUCUUGUUGGUGGGUUUGCAAUACUCCUAAAUGUUGGGAGGAAAAAUCAAUCCUCUCUCAGCUUUCUGAAGAAGUGAAUAAAAGAGGGAAAUCUCUAGUGUUGUAGCCUCAGGGUCCACCUAGAUAUUAUACAGCAGACAUGUACUAGUCUCCUACCAGUCUAAAAAAAAUUAAAGGCAGCCCUUGACUGCAAAAAUUGGCCUUCAGCUGCAUAGGAAUGGUGAUUUUAAGCAGAAAAAUUGAUGUAGAGGAAAAGGUUAAGCUGUGCCUUCCUCCCCACCACUACUUGCUGAUACCUGAAGUAUUUUACAGAUAAACUUUCAUUAACCAAAAACAACUCUAUCCAAGACUGUUUUACAUGUCUGCUUGUAACCUAGUUUGGUCCAAGCUAAAUUCUUGAAUGCCACAAAGAGCAAGAGGCUACCACACCACUCUGAUGCUGAUGCUUCGCUGAACCUGCCCGUUCUGCAGAAUGAGAUGAUAAAGGAGGUGUACCACUUCAGAUUAUGUGAAUGGGGAACAGAAGUUUUGAACACCUUCUGCACAUUAACAAAAAAAAAAUUCUAGGCACAAAACUAGCACACUGAAGAGAGAUUCAAACUCAGCCCUUGGGAUACAGUUCUUUUCAGACUGCAGAAGUUUCUGCCAUAGGGGAAAAUUCUCUUACUUGUAGCCAAUGAGAUUCAGUUGCUUUCUGUCACCUCAUCCUACAUUUGUAGUCCAAGACUCGGUCUUCCUGUUACUAACAUGCAGAGCACAGGAGUUGUCUCCCAUUGGCUUGGCCUGAAAUGGGGAUUCCUGAAAUCAAAAUGGGAAAUAGAAUAUGAAGAUGACACAGUGGACUCAAGUUUUGUAUGGUUCCUUAAUGAAAGAACUUUGAUUAUUAACCAUCUACCUGAUCAUUGUCAUGCUGGCUCAUGUUUCAUUUUGUAUCCUGUAUCAAAGGAUUAGAAUUGUUUAGGUCUACUUUUCUAGCUCUUAAAUGCAUACAUCCUUGAUAGCUGCUGUUUUUGCUCUCAGAGACAUGGAAAUCAAUGCAAACUCCUGCUUUCACUAUUUGGUGCUUUCUCAUUCCCUUUACAUUACAAAAUGUAUUACUAAUACCAUUUUGUAUUCAUUGUAGGUUUAGUUUAUGUAAAAGUUUUCUGUGCUCCCCAAAUUAAUUUCUUUAAAGUGCUAGAAAUAUAUUGCCAUAUAUAAUUUUAAUAACUUGGCAACAGGAGUAGCAUUUAAUUUCCCACAACUCUUUCUGUGCCAUUUUAUUCUUGAAAUACCAUUUGAACUAUCAUUCAGCAAACGGGAAUAAGAUUUUGAAGAGGAUUUAAUGUUACACUUACAGCAAUAGGUGACAAACAUAACUUAUAACGAUAUCUUAGAAACGGAUCAUUGGCGGCAAUACAUGUGGAACACAUGUGAGUAAAUAGUCACCUGGCAGUAUUUAUCUUGGAUCUGUUUACGUAAACAUUUCUUAAGCAGACAUGGUGCAAGCAUCAACUUGGCAGAGAGAGAUUCUGUCAUGCACUACAGAUUGUAAGAAAUAGAAGUUUGCCCUUCUGUAGGCUCUCUGCACAGCAGGGUUGCCAGCUCAUGACCUAGCAGCCUUGCCUAUUACUUUAACAGCUCCCACUGGAAAGAACGUAGUUAGCAGGGACUGGUGGCCACAUGUCCCAAUGGCCCAUUCUCUUGCACACCAAUGCUGCUUGGAGAAUGGCAGGAGUCUUGCUCAUGUUACUGUAUUUUGUUGGUCCACCUAUCUUGUUCCCUACACCUCUGAACUUCUCACAGCCUUCAUGGCACUGCCUGCUUCUGCUCUUGACUAUAGAGAAUGCAUAACUUCUUUCACAUAAGCUGAUCUGGUUACAUAGGCUUCAUGAAUGGGAAACUGUUUUAUAGAGGGGCUUGAGUGAUCAGGUUCUUUUGUGAGAAGGAAACUGCUUCCGGCCUCUGAACAGGAGGCCAGGCACAGGGCAUUCAUUUGCUGGUCUGUGAUAGUGCAGCGUUAGUCAUGUAACCAUGUAUUGUGCCUAAUGCUGUAAUCUAGGUAGAGCACUGUGUACUUCCCUUACUAGUUGUACUGAGUUAAUUGCUUGAAUGUUUAAUUAUGUGCUUUGCUUAAGUAUUAAGAGGAAUUGUAUUUAGUAUGUUCUGCUCUAGAAGAGCAGGUUAAACAUUUUGAAUCCCACUAAAGUGCCCACAAUUACCUUUGCAACUGUGAAUUUCAUAGACCAUGCAUUCCAUUAAAAAAAAACACAGUUCUUUUGCACUGAAUGUUUUGAGUACCUUUGUUCAGAGCCUGGUUCAGAAUAAUUCUAUUCUGUCUCUUAACCUUGUAAUGCUUGGCCUGGCAACAAUGACAAUGAAUGGAUGCCAAGUGGAUUCCUAGGCCAAAAAAUCAGACUAGAGUGUUAUAAUUGUUCCUUCUAGCAUUAACAUCUGUGAAUCUAGGCCAAUAUUGAGUUCCAUAUAUACUUUGGUGACAUAAUUAGCCACCAAGUUUUCUUGUAUAGUAUUCUUAAUAGCAGGUCAGUGACAUCAGAAUGGUGUGUGAGAUCUCUGCAAGACAGUGCUACAAGUUCUUUUUCAUACUUGUAAUGUCUAUGUGAUUUCUUUAAUAUAGAAUUCCACUUUUUUGCCCUUCUGAAACAUUUUGGCAAAGGGGAGUAUAAAAGAGACAAUAUUAGCCAGAAAUAAGCCCUAGAAAUAGAUGCAGCAUUCUCCAUUGUUUUUCAGUGAGGCCUUUCCCCCACCUCGGUUCCAGUCAGCCAUCAUACAUUAAUUUAAUUCCAGGGUAAGAACUUUUUUUUUUUUUUUGGGGGGGGGGGGGGAUUACAAUUUUUCUGCAAAUAAUUUUCAUUGAUGAUAUGAUAAGAUACAGGACUCCACCCUGUCUUUGGGCAAUGCAUCAAAGGCAGGACUGAUGUGUAUAGUUUCAGAUAGCUUUUUAAAGUAAAAAUUAUUAGAACCAGAUGCAUGAGGAAUGUGUUGUGGAGUAUGGACUUCCUAACGGAAACUACAAAAUGAUGAUAUACAUAGAGAUGAUUGAUGGUGUUUGAAUUUAUGUGAUGCAGUUAACCGAUGUAAUAUUAUUCAGAUGAUCAACAUGUUUUGUGAACAACAGGCAUGAGUCCAUCUAUAGAGAUUGCUGCUGCCCAGUAGCAGUAGUAAUUUACCUGUAUACUUUUCUUGCUUUAACUAAUGUCUGUUGACAAUCAUGAGAUUGUUGUGUUUCCUUGGUCUUCAGUUUUCACAGAUCACAUCAAAAGCUACUUAAACUGAAGUAUUGUCUAAAAUGACAAAUAAUUUGUAUUCUGGAGACUGCAAUGUCAAUAUUCUCUGUAACAGCAUAGUAUUUUGUACUUUCAUAUAAAAAUAAGAUGUGUGUUUUCCCCCCAGAAUAAAACUAAUUUAAAAAGCUUG